GUGUCAGGAGAUGGCCAUCAAGCGGCUUGGGGGGCUGAAGGAGGGGCAGCGGCCCUGGUCAGUCAAAGUCUGCAACGACUGCUUGACGACCUGGAACCGCGACGUCUCCGCCGCCAACGUGAUCCGUGUGCUCCUCCUGCUGAAGCUGAUGGGCUUCGAGCGGCCGACCAAGCUGCAGCGGCCACCAUGGCCGCCGGCGGUGGCGGGGCCGGGCUGAGAGCCUGAACGGCGCUAGCAGGGCGUGGGGCUGAGGGUGCACGUGCCGAUUGGCGGCGAGUGACGUGACUAGUUUGUUAGCUGCGGGUUAGCACGGACUGUGCACCCCACCCAACCGGCCACGUCCGGAUUUGCGGGGAUGCCAAAGGCCCCCAACAUAGAGGCGUGUGCUUAGUAGGCGCCCGCGUCAAGGUGGCGGGGUUAAUAACGACCCGGGAUCAGCCCUUUUCCUGCCAUAAGGCAGCCACCUCCUUGUUUGGUGUGCAAAAGAAUGAAUGCAAUAAAUGCCAAAUUAUUGCAUGCGGGUCGCCGACACCAUGAUGGUCAGGGAUGGCCGACACCGUACGUGGUCAUGUGAAGUGACAUUACAACUUGAGAUGGCCCUUACGUGGCUCUUCCACUGAUGAGUGCUAUGUAGUGGGCAUGACUGGGAUAUGAACUGUCUACCAGCGUGUCGAAUCCGAUAGAAAGAGACGAGCGUGCGAGGAUUGCAUCGGAGCGCCCUGCAUUGGUGCUUGCACGAGGCAUCAGGGCUGGGGGGAGCGAGCUGCCUUGAGGGAAGGGCGUGGAUGUUGUUGGGAAAGGCAUCACCGGGUAAAUUGUGUCCGUGUAACAAUUGAAACGG